CCUCUUCCGGCGGGCGGGGUUGCGGACCCGGGCCGCUCGCGGCCGCCAGUCGGCGCCGCCCGCAGCCGGGGGAACGCGGCCGGAGCAAGGCGCGGGCUGUGGGGCCGCCGCGUGCCCGGCCCCGCUCGCCCGUGCCCGCCGCCAGCCCGCCAUGCCCGGCUUCGACUACAAGUUCCUGGAGAAGCCCAAGCGGCGGCUGCUGUGCCCACUGUGCGGGAAGCCCAUGCGCGAGCCUGUGCAGGUGUCUACUUGCGGCCACCGCUUCUGCGACACCUGCCUGCAGGAGUUCCUCAGUGAAGGAGUCUUCAAAUGCCCUGAGGACCAGCUUCCUCUGGACUAUGCCAAGAUCUACCCAGACCCAGAGCUGGAGGUCCAAGUGUUAGGUUUGCCUAUCCGCUGCAUCCAUAGUGAGGAGGGCUGCCGCUGGAGCGGGCCGCUUCGCCACCUCCAGGGCCACUUGAACACUUGCAGCUUCAAUGUAGUCCCCUGCCCCAAUCGCUGCCCAGCCAAGCUGAGCCGGCGUGAUCUGCCUGCCCACUUGCAGCACGACUGCCCUAAGCGCCGCCUCAAGUGUGAAUUCUGUGGCUGUGACUUCAGUGGGGAGGCCUACGAGAGUCACGAGGGCAUGUGCCCCCAGGAGAGUGUAUACUGUGAGAACAAGUGUGGUGCCCGCAUGAUGAGGCGACUGUUGGCCCAGCAUGCCACUUCUGAGUGCCCCAAGCGCACCCAGCCUUGUGCCUACUGUACCAAGGAGUUUGUUUUUGACACCAUUCAGAGCCAUCAGUACCAGUGUCCACGGUUGCCUGUUCCUUGCCCAAACCAGUGUGGUGUGGGCACCGUGGCUCGGGAGGACCUGCCCAGCCACCUGAAGGAUAGCUGCAGCACUGCAUUGGUGCUCUGCCCUUUCAAGGAGUCCGGCUGUAAGCACAGGUGCCCUAAACUGGCAAUGGCACGUCACGUGGAGGAGAGUGUAAAGCCACAUCUGGCUAUGAUGUGUGCCCUGGUGAGCCGGCAGCGGCAAGAGCUGCAGGAGCUGCGGAGAGAGCUGGAGGAGCUAUCCAUAGGCAGUGAUGGCGUGCUCAUCUGGAAGAUCGGCAGCUAUGGGCGCCGUCUCCAAGAGGCCAAGGCCAAGCCUAACCUGGAGUGCUUCAGCCCGGCCUUUUACACACAUAAGUACGGUUACAAGCUGCAGGUGUCUGCAUUCCUCAAUGGCAACGGCAGCGGUGAGGGCACGCAUCUCUCCAUCUAUAUUCGUGUGUUACCAGGCGCCUUUGACAAUCUCCUUGAGUGGCCCUUUGCCCGUCGGGUCACCUUCUCCCUGUUGGAUCAGAGCGACCCAGGUCUGGCCAAGCCACAGCAUGUCACUGAGACCUUCCACCCUGAUCCAAACUGGAAGAACUUCCAAAAGCCCGGCACUUGGCGAGGCUCCCUGGAUGAGAGUUCUCUGGGCUUUGGCUACCCUAAAUUCAUCUCCCACCAGGACAUCCGAAAGCGAAAUUAUGUGCGGGAUGAUGCAGUCUUCAUCCGUGCCUCUGUCGAACUGCCCCGGAAGAUCCUCAGCUGAGAGUACAGCCUUCUGGGUCUAAGCAGGAAGGGGGGUGGGACAGGAUCUCAGCCACUGGCGGAAACGGGAGAGGGGGCCGGACCCCCUCUCAGCUACUUCUGCCUAGGUUGUUAGCCCACCACUUUCUCCCCACCACCACUACCACCACCACCCUUACCCUUCAGGUGCCUCCAAUUGGUGCUUCAGCCCUGGCCCCUGGGGGGAGCAGGUCUCGGGGUUAUCAAGGGCUGGAAACAAGUGAUCCCAGGGCCUGUCUCCCCUCCUGGGCAGGGCAGACAUGCCUUGGUGCCAGCCACAUUCUACCUGGACUGAGGGGCCUGCUCAGGUGCUAUGUCCCAAGAGCCAUAGUGGGGGUGGGGGGUAUUGGAAAAGGGAGGGGUAGUUAUAAGAAUCUGCCUUGAGAUGAAUUUCUCUUUCCACUUACCCAAUGCCGCCCUCUCUGGUUAUUUAUUUCUUCAGUGCUAGGAGGGCACAGCAGGGGAACUCUGAUUUUUAAUAAAUCCUGGAUUGUAUUUAUUAACUUGA